UCCCGCGGUCCGCAAUGAAUGUGACGAAUAGCUUUAAUGUGACGACGGAGGUAAAACAUUUCACAAAAUGUGACGUUAGCCGACACUAAAACAAACUACAACCAAAUCAGAGCGAUGGAGGUGACUCGUUUGGACUUCUACAUUGGCCUCUCUCUAGCUGUGAGCUCCAGUGUUUUUAUCGGCUCAAGUUUCAUCUUGAAGAAGAAAGGCCUGCUCCGAUUGGCCAGCAAGGGGUCUAUGCGAGCAGGUCAAGGGGGCCAUGCUUACCUGAAAGAAUGGCUAUGGUGGGCAGGAUUAAUUUCAAUGGGAGCUGGAGAGGCUGCCAACUUUGCUGCAUAUGCAUUUGCACCAGCCACACUUGUGACUCCACUAGGAGCAUUGAGUGUACUUGUCAGUGCCGUGCUGUCCUCUUACUUUCUGAAUGAGAGGUUGAAUGUGCAUGGGAAGAUUGGUUGUUUGCUUUGCGUCUUGGGCUCCACAGUCAUGGUUAUCCAUGCACCGCAGGAAGAAGAGGUGGCUUCCCUCAGUGCCAUGUCUGAGAAGCUCCUGGAUCCAGGUUUCAUUGUGUUUGCUGUGUGCGUUGUGGGAAGCAGUCUGAUUCUUAUCUGUGCUGUGGCUCCGCGUUUUGGACAGAAGAAUGUGCUGGUCUACAUCCUGAUCUGCUCUGUGAUUGGCUCGCUCUCUGUGUCUUGUGUCAAGGGCCUGGGCAUUGGCAUUAAGGAGCUGUUUGCCGGGACAGCGGUGCUGAAGGAACCUUUGUUCUGGGCCUUAAUCAUCUGCCUGGUAAUCUGUGUCAGCCUUCAAAUCAACUACCUGAACAAAGCCCUUGACAUUUUUAACACAUCACUAGUGACUCCCAUUUAUUACGUCUUCUUCACCACAUCUGUCAUGGCCUGCUCGGCCAUCCUCUUCAAGGAAUGGUUAAGAAUGAACGUAGAUGGAAUAGUGGGAACAAUCAGUGGGUUCUUGACCAUCAUUUUGGGAAUUUUUCUCCUCCAUGCCUUUAAAGACAUUACAUUUACCUGGGAUUCCCUCCCACUUUAUCUGAGGAAAGGUCCUCAGGGCUUUCCAUGGGGCCAACAGCCAUACUUGGCUCUUCCCAGCUAUGACUUGCAAGCACAAGACGAGAUGAAUCUUCCCAGAGAAGGAGCCACAAAUGGAGGGUGGGGUAUACACCAGAGAGCACCUUAAAAGAGGGCCAGUAUUGUUAUUACCACUAAAAAGUCAUUCUAAAACUUUAAUGCAUAUCACAGCUUUACAAUCUAUCUUACAAAAAAGCGAGGAGGAUGGGAGAGGAGGCUUUAAAAUGAGAGUAAUGCUAUCAGUACACUGGAUUUUAUUUAAAAUUAGUUGUCCACAUCAUACUGGUGUGUACAUUUUCUUUU